CAAGAAGGAGAGGAAGUGAGCGAUCAGAAGCGCUGUCGGUUUAGAUUGUGAUUGGGUCUUCUGUAUCAGGCCACUUUCUGACACACGGUCACCGAAACACUUUUGAAAGGGGGACUGAAUUUUUGCAGAUUUUGCAGACGAGUGUUGAGUAUGUCUUGAGAUGUCCUUUGCGAUUGGAUGUCUAAAUGCAAUCCUGCAAUGCCAACACGAAGAGAUGGGACUAUUUUCUUGAACUUCAAGUAUCCAAGGAUGUUAGGAUUCAAUGUUUGGAUUGUUGAGUAACAUAUAAGUGCAAAGAUGCCCUUGUUCAUUGUGGAGACUAGCUGCAGCCUGAUUGGCUGGCUCUUUGUGUAUGUGUUGUUGUGUAUCUUGAAUACAGAGAGAAAUAAUGAGUGGAACUGUAGAUUGGUAACUCUGCUGCAUGGCAUACUGAUAGUUUGUCUGACCGCCUAUAUUGCGUUCAUUGCUGGGCCAUGGCCUUUUACACACCCAGGCACAGAAAACACAUCUCUCCAGAUACUGGCUCUAGUCCUCAGUCUAGGAUACUUUCUCUUUGACAUGGCUUGGUGCAUGUUCUUUCGCACAGAAGGUCUUGUGAUGCUGGCCCACCACAUCAUCAGCAUCCUUGGAAUAUUGCUGGCUCUGGGACUGGGCGAGUCAGGCAUUGAGACCUGCGGCGUGCUCUUAGGCAGCGAGAUCACCAACCCGCUCCUACAGGCACGCUGGUUCCUCAAGCGCAAGGGUCGCUAUGACAGUUUAGCUGGAGAUGUGGUGGACCUGCUUUUUAUUGUUCUGUUUGCAUUGGUGAGGAUUGGUGUUGGGGGCAGAAUGCUGUACUGUGAGUUAACUUCUCCAAAACCAUCGAUGAUCAUGAAAGUAGGCGGGGUGGCUUUUUACAUGCUCUCCUGGAUCUUCAUGAUAGACAUUGCACGGUUUGCCUGUCGGAAAACACGGACCAAGUACAGUCGAUGGAAGGAGAGGAGCAAACUGGAUGAUGCUAAUGGACAUGCUAUUAAAGUCAAAUAGGAGAAAAUAUGUAAAUGUUGAUAACGUGCUUGUCUUAAAAAUGUUAAACCAAUAACGUUUUUUUAAGAUUUUAAUUUAUAUCUUUUUGUCUAGUGUGCCAAUGUUAAUAUCAAAAUAGGUUCCAAACAUUUGUUGACAAUAAUAAUAAAGACUGUU